CAUAGGUACCAGGUUCGUACUCAUAUGGAAUCCAUUUCCCAUUACCGCAUAAAUACCCAAAUUCAACAAGCAACUUAAAUUUUUUAUCUCGUGAGACAUAAAACAAAACAUUAUUUCAAAGAUGGUUCAACUACUCAACUCUUCCUACGCAAUGAUUCUCUUGGCUGCCACCUCGCGGUUGUCGUCUGCCUUUGUCCCCACAGCAAAGUCCUUCGGCCGUGCCUUGACAAAGGUGGCUGCGAGCGACAAUGACUUCGACGACUUCUCAUCGAAGGUUGCUGUUAUGUUCCCGGGUCAAGGCGCACAGUCUGUUGGUAUGUGCAGCGAGGUCGUGAACGACGUUCCUGCCGCAAAGGCCCUCUUCGACGAGGCUAGUGAAAUCUUGGGCUACGAUCUCUUGGAAGUCUGUACCGAAGGCCCCAAAGAGAAACUCGAUUCUACUGUCGUUUCGCAGCCUGCUAUUUUCGUUGCCAGUAUGGCAGCCGUAGAAAAAUUGAAGCAGGAUGCCGGUGCCGAAGCUGUCGAGGAAGCUACCUGUGCCAUGGGAUUGAGUUUGGGUGAAUACUCUGCUUUGUGCUUUGCCGGAGCCAUUUCGUUCGCCGAUGGUGUCAAAAUCACCAAGGCACGCGGAGAAGCCAUGCAAGCCGCUUCCGAUGCCGUCGAUACCGGUAUGGUUUCCGUCAUUGGUCUCCAAAGUGACAAGGUCAAAGAGCUUUGCGAGGUUGCCAGUGACAAGUCCGGAGAAAAGGUUCAAAUCGCCAACUUUUUGUGCAAAGGAAAUUAUGCCGUCAGUGGCGCUACCGCAGCUUGCGAUAAGCUUGCAGAAAUCGCCAAACCCGAAUUCAAAGCCCGAAUGACCGUCAAGUUGGCUGUCGCUGGAGCUUUCCACACUGGUAAGUAAAUGAAAGUUGAAGAGGCGGAAAUCGCAAGUUUUCUCGUCUUUUUGACCGACGACGAAACGUUACGUUGUUUCGAAAGUAAUAAUUUUGUCGAGUAACAGUCCUCUAACCCAAUUUAUCUACCUGGUACUAAUUGGAUUGCAACUCUUACUAUUUCAUUCUUAAUUUGAAGACUUCAUGGCUCCUGCUGUUUCUUCGUUGGAGGAUAUCUUGAAGGAGGUCGAAAUCAAGAAACCCCGCAUUCCUGUCAUCAGCAACGUUGAUGCCAAGCCCCACUCCGACCCUGAAGUCAUCAAAUCCUUGUUGGCCACUCAAGUAACAUCCCCAGUAUUGUGGGAAAACACUAUGGACUUGAUGCUGUCGAAGGAUUUUGAAAAGGCCUAUGAAUGUGGACCCGGAAAGGUCACAGCUGGAAUCCUUAAGCGAUUUUCCAAGACUGCAGCAUGCGAAAAUAUCAGCGUAUAAGAAACAUGUAUUCAGUCGUUCAUCAUGCACGCUAACAGUACCGCAGGGUAAUGUGCGAAGGUAGGCUGGAAAAUAACUAAAUCCUACAAACAAGGCUGUUUGUAUAAACCAAAUGCUAAGUAAACGUUUCAUGUCAUCAUGUUACACAUCGGAGUGUCAAAUGCUGUACAAGUAUGAACAGAAUUCAAUAUAUCAUUCAAUCACAUUUGAUUCGAGAGAUGAGUCUAGCAACGCGCAACAGGAGCCCACUAAAGUUAACUGAGAUUU